ACCUCCGUGCAACCAGUACCACCAUGGCUGCUGGGGAGCCCGGGGAUUUGGGCGGCUACUACUUCAGAUAUCUGCCUCAGAGAACGUUCCAGUCUCUGAGCAACCCGGAGGUCACCAGCCGGCUCCGGCAGUGGUCCAUGCUGGGCAGAAUCCAGGCGCAGGCGUUCGGGUUUGACCAGAAUUUUCAGGCCCACCAGAGGGAUGAUUUCGUUAUGGCUUUUUUCAAAGACCCAAAUGUUAUUCCCAAUUUGAAGUUACUUUCAGAUUCUGCUGGACAGUGGAUUACAUUAGGAACUGAAGUGAAAAAAAUUGAAGCUAUAAAUGUUCCUUGCACACAGCUUUCGAUGUCAUUUUUUAAUCGGUUAUACAGUGAAGAUAUUGUACGAGACUGUGGACACAUUGUUAAAUGUUUUGAUUCUUUUUGUGAUCCCUUUCUUAUUUCUGAUGAGUUACGAAAAGUUUUACUAGUGGAAGACUCAGAAAAAUAUGAAAUAUUCAGUCAACCAGAUAGAGAAGAGUUCCUGUUUUGUCUUUUCAAACAUCUUUGCCUUGGUGGAGCCCUUUGUCAAUAUGAAGAUGUGCUUAAUCCUUACCUGGAAACAACAAAGGUUCUCUAUAAGGAUCUAGUGAGUGUUCGAAAGAUUCCUCAAACCAAGAAAAUACAAAUCACCUCCUCCGUCUUUAAAGUUACAGCAUAUGAUUCUGUUGGUAUGUGCUACCCUUCAACAAAGAGUCAUGAACAGACAUUUUCUUACUUCAUUGUCAAUCCUAUCAGACGUCAUGUUCAUGUUUUAUAUCACUGUUACGGUGUGGGCGAAAUGACUUAACAAUAUUUUUUUAGAUUCUCUAUAUUUACUAUUUUUUAUUUACCAAUUUUUAAUUUUAAUACUAACAUGUAUACAUAUUAACCUGCAAAGUAAUUGUUUAGAUAGAUAGAGACAUAGAUACAUAAAUACACAUACAAUUGCUUUGCAAGUUAACUCAAGUAAAAUAUGAAGAACCCACUUAGAGCAGAAGCAAUCAAAUGACAAGAUGCCUGUCUUUAAAUUUGUAUGGAAAACUAACAUAGGAACCAAUUCCACCCCUAACAUAAUUUAUACCAAUACAUUUGUAGAAUUUUUGCAGAAAGUUACAAAGAACUAAAAAUCUAGUUCAUAUUUGUUGCAUUAAGGUUCAAGCGAGUCCUCAAUUUUCCAUGUAUUUUAUUUUAGAAGCUAAUUAAUUCUGGAUGAAAUUGUGGCAGAAAACUAAA